CGUACUGCCAAAGAUAAAACUGUAAUCUCCGAAUAUUUGUCUAUGUCCGUUUGAUCCAUUUGAUGUGACCUACAUUAAGACCUAGGAGUGUAAUUUACAUUUGACUACCUCGCAAACAUUUGUGCAGGUUUUCAUUCUGCGCAGUGUUUUGUAUGACACUCUACUGAGAGGAAAAUAGACGAAAACAUCAACUUACCAUCAUGGUUUACUUAUCUCUUAAUGUACAAACAAUUUUGGCGGGACUUACCAUUGGUUACCUGGUGUAUUACGUCAUCAAACGCAUGCGGUAUCGUCUGCCACCAGGUCCCUGGUGCAUACCACUUGUUGGGCAUUAUAAAAUUUACGGCUCAGUUGAAAUUCAUAAGAAGAUUGCAGAACUUUCUAAAAAAUAUGGUCCAGUUGUACAUGUCAAAUUUGGCCCAAAGAUGUUGAUUGUCCUGAAUAAUAUUGAUGUUACUCUGGAGGCAAUGGUGAAAAAGAAAGCAGAUUUUGCUGGGAGACCAAAAAUCAAUUCAAUGGAGGUAUUUACUGAAGGUGGAAAGGACAUUGCAUUCACAACUUAUUCACCUACAUGGAAACUGCACAGGAAAAUAGCAGGCAAAGCUUUAAGGCAUUAUUUACAAGGGGAUCUGCUUGAGAGUAUGGUACAAGACAAUGCUGAAAAAUUUCUGAAUAAAAUGGCCGAGGAGAAAGAACCAUUCUUUUUCAAAGAUUUCGUUGAUCAGAUGAUCUUCCAUCAACUGUAUACUAUCUGUUUCGGAGAAAAACGACCUGUCGAUGACCCAGAGGUGAAAGCUCUCCUGAAACUAGAUAACGAUCUUUUCGACCUUUUUGGCACUGGUCUCGCAGAAGAUUUAGUCCCAUAUCUGAAAGACAUCUACCCCACAGCUAGAUGGGAGAAAUUCAAGAAAAUGACAGAGGAAAUUCUUCAAUUGCUUCACACAAAGUUUAACCAACACAAGGAAACCUUCUCACCAGAUAAAAACAGGGACUUUAUUGACAGUUUGCUGAUGGCAAGACAAGAAGCCGAGAACGAGGGGAAUGAAGAUGCUUUAGAGAAACUGGAUGACGGAUACCUUGUACAAACCAUAGCUGAUAUAUUUUUUGCUGGCGUUGAUACCACUAGAUUCACAAUGGACUGGUUUGUAUAUUUCAUGACCAGAUUUCCGGAAACUCAAAUCAAAUGCCAAGAGGAAAUUGACAGGGUUGUUGGUUCUGGACGUCCAUCAAUGAAGGAUCGUAGCAGCUUGCACUAUACCGAGGGUUGCUUGUUUGAAACUUUGAGGCUCGCGAAUGUUGCGGGACUUGGUAUACCACAUAAGACUAUUUGUGAUACACAAGUUGGAGGUUACGACAUUCCCAAAAGUACUACAGUUCUUAUUAACUUUUGGGCUCUUCAUCACGACACAAAAUACUGGAAAGACCCAGAGCAAUUUGAUCCCACUCGUUAUCUUGAUGAAGAUGGUAAAAUGAAGCCAACAAAACCAGAGAGUUGGCUCCCUUUCUCGGCUGGCAGGCGCGUUUGUCUUGGGGAAACAGUUGCUAAACCGGAACUCUUGCUGCUGUGUGCAAACCUACUCCAGCGAUUCGAUAUUCGUCUUCCUGAUGGCGUAAAGGCCAAUCCAGAGUAUAAUUUGAAAGGAUUUGGUAUAGAACUUCCCUCAGAUUAUAAAAUCGUCGUGAAGGAAAGGACUGGGAAUUGAAGCUUGAACAUGUAAAUGGAAAUAUAACUGUAAAUCUGAACAAACAAAACAAUAUUUGUCUUAAAAUCUUUAAAUCAAUAAUUUUUUAUUGCAAUAAUAGGAUAUAUAUUUAUAUUAAUAUACCACUUGAUCACUUUGUCAUUUUUAUAAAUUAUAGUUUUGUAUGUUAAUGAUUUAUAAAAUAAAAAAAGAAUAAUGAAAUCUUAUGACUUCAUGUCAUUGUGAGGUCAUUAGAACAAGAAUGAUGUUAGGGUUGAAAUAUAUAUGUAUUAAUAAUUAUAACUA